AUGAUUGAGGUUUUCAAAUGGGUAAAAGGAAUUAAUAAGGGAAACAUUGAUCAGGUUUUAGAAUUUAGUAGCCAGGAUAGGACACGUGGAAAUGGGUACAAGCUAGAAAAACUUAGAUUCAGGACAGACAUAGGUAGAUAUUGGUUCACAAACAGAGUUGUGAACGAUUGGAAUAGGCUGGAUAGACACGUAGUAAGUGCUGAGUCAAUAGGUAGCUUUAAAAGACGGUUGGAUCAGAGUAUGGAUAGGGAUAACAUGUGGGAUGGCUAA